AUGGCUUCCAUGAACAACUGGCUUGGCUUCUCUUUAUCACCUCAAGAAAUCCCUUCACAACCUCAUCAAGAUCACUCCCAAAACACUGUCCCUCGUCUUGAUACUUUUAGCUCAGAAGAACUCUCGGGUACAGAUGUCUCGGGAGAUUGCUUUGAUCUUAGUUCUCAUGCCUCAACCAUCCCUUCUCUUAAUCUCCCUGCCCCUUUUGGCAUAUUAGAAGCUUUCAACCGAAAUAACCAAUCACAAGAUUGGAGUUUCAAGGAACUGAACAUGAACUCUAACACAAGCUACAAAACCGCCGGUUCGGAGAUGUCUAUGUUGAUGGGAAGGGCUUGCAACAACAACAAUCACAACCUUGAAAACCAAGAACCAAAACUAGAAAACUUCCUAGGAGUUGGUGGACAAAACUCCUUGCACCUUCCUUCACAAACUGUUGAGGCUUCUUCUUCCAAUGGUAAUGGUACCAUAGGUCUCUCAAUGAUCAAGAACUGGUUGAGGAAUAAUCCCAGUACAUCCCAGCCUGAGAACAAGAUCAUCAAUGGAAAUGAUGGGGUUGUGGUGUGCUCUAAUAAUGCUCAAAACUUGUCACUUUCUAUGAGUACGGGGUCACAAUCAACAUCUGCUUUGCCCCUCUUGACUGCAGCAAGUUGCUCAGAUGGUGAAGGAGGUGGUGGGGAGAGUUCCACUUCUGAUAAUACCAAUACUAAUAAGCAGCAAAACGGUGGGAUUGGGAUAACUAGUCUUGACAGCCAAAGCGGUGCAAUUGAAGCGGUGCCUCGAAAGUCUAUCGAUACUUUUGGCCAAAGGACUUCUAUCUACCGUGGUGUAACAAGGCAUAGAUGGACUGGAAGAUACGAGGCACAUCUUUGGGAUAAUAGUUGUAGAAGAGAGGGACAAACUCGGAAGGGAAGGCAAGGGGGUUAUGACAAGGAAGAAAAGGCAGCUCGAGCUUAUGAUUUAGCAGCAUUGAAGUAUUGGGGUACUACUACCACUACAAAUUUUCCAAUUAGCAACUACGAAAAAGAAAUAGAAGAAAUGAAACACAUGACGAGGCAGGAAUAUGUUGCAUCUUUACGAAGGAAGAGUAGUGGGUUUUCCCGUGGUGCAUCCAUCUAUCGAGGAGUGACAAGACACCAUCAGCAUGGAAGAUGGCAAGCAAGAAUUGGAAGAGUUGCUGGAAACAAGGAUCUCUACUUGGGAACUUUCAGCACACAAGAGGAAGCAGCAGAAGCCUACGACAUUGCAGCAAUUAAAUUUCGUGGACUGAAUGCAGUUACUAAUUUUGAGAUUAGUCGAUAUGAUGUCAAGAGCAUACUUGAGAGCAGCACUUUACCAAUAGGUGGAGCUGCUAAGCGUUUGAAGGAUGCUGAACAAGCUGAAAUGGCUUUGGAUGCUCAUAGAACAAAUAAUGAUAACUUAAGUUCACAUUUAACAGAUGGAAUGAGUAGCUAUGGAGCUCAGCAUGCCUGGCCUACAAUUGCAUUCCAGCAAGCCCAGCCAUUAACCAUGCAUUACCCUUAUGGUCAACAGCAAAGGUUAUGGUGCAAGCAAGAAAAUGAUUCGGAUGUCAGCCACAGCUUUCAUGAUUUGCAUCAACUUCAAUUGGGGAACACACACAAUUUCCUUCAACCUUCUGUACUUCACAACCUCAUGAGCUUGGAUUCUUCAUCCAUGGAACACAGUUCUAGCUGUAACUCUGUCAUCUACAGCAAUGGCUCGAAUGACAAUGCUGCCUAUCAAGGCGUUGGAUAUGGAAGCAGUAGUAGCUAUCUGCUGCCAAUGAGUACUACAGUUAUUGCUGAAGAAGGUAGUCAGAAUCAGGGAAAUGGCUUUGGAGAGAAUGGGGUAAAAGCAAUUGGCUAUGAAAACAUGUUUGGCUCAAGUGAUCCCUACCAAACAAGGAACUUCUAUUAUCAUCCCCUACCAUCAUCAAAUGGGACAUUGAGGGCUGGUCUUUAUGAUCAGGGCUCAUCUUGUAACACUUGGGUGCCCACUGGAGUUCCAACUCUAGUAGCAAGGACUAACAAUAUGGCUGUUUGUCAUGGAUCUUCUACUUUUACAGUGGGGAAUGACACAUAGAAUUUGUCCU